UGAGUGAGCGCGGGUGCGGUGGCGGCGAGCGAUGCAGUGAGCGGGGCCUGCGGGGCCCGGCGCCGGCGCCGACAUGGCGGACGACAACACCAUCAUAGAGGGUACCGUUAAGUUCAGGGAUGGGAAAAAGUGGAAGUCGCGGUGGUGCGUGAUGCGCAAGCUGUCGCCGGUGGCAGAUUGCGUGCACCUGCAACUGUACCGGGACUCGAAGGCGCGGUGGGGAGGCGCCGCGACCAAGGCGUCGCUCUCCCUGCAGCAGUACCUCGGCUGCGAGAGCGGCUUCACCCUCGACAAGCACUCCAACACGCUGGCGCUCGUGUGCCGCGACCUGGUCGCCAUACUCGCGUUCGAGACCAGAGAACGACUCAUACAGUGGCAGGUAAAAGUAAGCGGUCACCUGGGUGAACCUCGCCACUACCUGGUGCUGGUGGGAGGUGGUGGCAGCGGUGGCGGGAAGCGGCUGCCGGCCGGUCCGGCGCGACUCCACCUGCACGAGCGGCGGUUCGCGCUCACUGCUGGAGUACCGCCGCGGUUACUUGGCAUCUGGGAGCUGGCGCAUCUCAGGCGAUAUGGCGUGGUGGAGGGUCGCUUUUGCUUUGAGGGAGGCUCCCACUGCGGGAAAGGUGAAGGGUUGCAUGUACUGAUCACAGAUCAGGCGCGACAGUUGGCUCAGGACUUCAACCUGGCAUCACAGGGACGCUUGUCGCCUAAAAGAAGACCUUUAAUUACGAAAAAAAGUGAAGGUGCAGAAAGUCCUAAAUCACAUAAAACUUAUCGGCCUGAUACAAGACUCUCAGAGUUGCAAACUGUAGAUCAUUCUAUACAGUCAUUUGACCGCCUUUAUGAGGACCCGUGUGUAGGAGAAGAGGCGGGAGCAAUAUCUCCAUAUUGGCCAUCCGCAGAAAGAACACAUUUCCAGGAUAUGGGAUUGGGUGAUACUGCAUCUGUGAACGAGGCGGUGGAGGGUACUGAUACAACCCAAUGGAAUAUGGCCGGGAAUGUCACGUUGGAGCGCUGCAUGAGUUGCAUCUCGAAACUAGGUGCCUUGUCAAGGUCAUCUACUGCGGCGCUCACGCCCGGCGCUAAACAUUUUACCCCCUCGUGGACUAUGGAAGCAGUAAACGAAACUCCGCUUGUGGAUUCUGUUACUGCUGAAAACCUACGAAGUUGUGAUGAACACUCUAAUAUAAGUAAUAAGACUGAGGAAUUAUGUCAUUGUGAUGUACCCCCCCAUAGACCUCCGAAACCUACUAGAUUAGAUCUCAAUCUCAAUAAGAAACCGCCAAAGCCUCUACCCGUACAAACUUGUAGUUGCUCACAUGUUGUUUGUGUGGAAGAAAAUAAAACUUCUAAAGUAGGACCCUAUGAAAAUUAUGAUGUGCCAAAAGUUCCAUCAGCAGAGGUUGAAGGAGAAUACUACGACACUCCAAAGAGACUAAAAGAGUGUUUAAAUAGUGACCUUUUCAAAAUAACAAAAAACUCUACUACGAACACAUUAAUACUAAAAAAACCUUGUGGCUGUUUACUAAAAUUUGGAAAGAGGCCUAAAGAGCCUACUAUUAUAGAUACAGAUGAAACGUUGCAACCCGCUUCUAACUGUGCUUGUCAAAGGGUAUCUGAUUGGGCUAACAAUUGGAUCAAGCUUCCUUACUGUAGAAAAAAUACAACAUCAACAGAUGACUUAGCUCCAAAUAAAGAAAAUUUAAGACCACAUCUUGCCGAUCGCAGUGCACUCUACGCAACAAUUGAUCUUUCACGCAAAACAAAAAGAAAAUUAAGGCCUAGUAUCUCUCAUGACGAAAUUACAUCAGAAUAUCAUAUUAAAAAUACUGAUUUACGGAGAAUAGAAAUCGACGAUGGUCCACUAGCCAAUUAUGAGAAUUUAAGUUUCGCUUUAUCUUUAGAACAUUAUGAAAAUGCCAAAGAUCUUUUAAGAAAAGCUGGCGUCACGCAAUCUGAAUUAAAUGCCAUUACUACAAAUUUAAAGCCGAUCAAUAACCAAAUGGUAAGAGGCAAAAAUGUUUGCACAAAGUGCGGUCAUCUUCAAAUAAAACGCGAUAAUAACGAUAAUCGCGAAGCUAAUAACGCUAGUGUAAGUGACGAUUACCUAAUGAUGGAGCCCAAUACGAUAGACGGUAAAAAAUCUGAACAAAAUAAACGUUUGCCUGCCGGGUACACUCCGAUGUCACCGAUCGGAGGCUUCGCUUUCCACACGUUGAAACAUCCUUCAAAAAGUCCCAUCAACAGAUUACUGGAAGAAAAAUCUGCCAGCAACCCGACGCUUUGGGGAUCGGAAGAGGAUCGACCGACGAGUUCCGAGGGUCCCAACGGAACGGUGGUGCGGAUAUCUGUGGAACGCGUCGAUAAAAUAGAAUACAGAAAACGCUCGAGCUCCGCAGAUUCUUCGCGAUUCCUCGAAGACGUGAAAGAGUUCGAGGGGAGCGUCGGGAGUCACGGAUCUACGUCUUCGAUAGAAACGCUACGAAAUAUUGCGCUCGAGACCGAUCGGGCUUCGACGUCGUGCGAUUGCGCGGCCGACAACAAACAUUCGGACGCGGACAGCUCGGAGGCGUCGAAAGGUCGCGGACGAGGAGCGGCGCUCGCUAAACGCUCGUCGUCGGUCCCCGGAAAGGCGGGGGGUAAUCGGGAUUCGUCGAGUUCGAACGACUCCGGCGUGUCGAGUUGCUCGCUGCGUCCGGGAGCCGAACUGGCGGACUUCGAGCUGCCGCUGACGACGGCGGCCACGCGGCGCCACUACCGCAGCGCGCGGCGCGCGGCCGGCGCGCGGCUCGCCUCGCCGCCGCGCCGCUCCAAGUCCACCGACCCGCCGCGCCCGGACGGCGUGCAGUCGCUCCGGAUACCGGCUAAAUCUUCUUCCGCGGAAGCGGAAGUGCCCGUGUUACCUGUAAAGCAACUGAGAGGCGUGGUGGACACUCACAGUACAUCGAGCGGCACCUCCGACAUGUCGGACUAUAUCGAGACGCUCUCCAUCUGCUCCUCACACUCAUCCACCGAUACGCCCAUCACAAUGCGGGUGGUGCGGCAGACGACCAGCACGCUGCGGCCGCGCUCCGGCAAGGAGUACCACAGCCUGCACGCGCGCCGCGCGCCCCCCGCCCCGCCCGCGCCCCCCGCCGCGCCCCACACCUAG